AUGAGCAACCCAGCAACACCAGAUGACCUCGAUACCGAGCUGGAGUUGAUCACUUCAUCCCUUCUACCAGCUGAAAAGCUAAACGCAAUCCCAUCCGAACUUUGGCCGAUUGUCAGAAUCAUCAAUAUCACCAGUGAUGAUAGCAAGCUGUCUUUAUAUAUCACCGUGAGCGAGAGAUACAAGCGAAAAGUCGCUGUACAUAUAGAAGUCAGGAGCUCAUCUAUGGGAAGAGAUGAAGCGUUAGACUGGAUCGAUUGGGUGCGCGAAAAGAUGGAGGAAUGGAAUGAGGAAGAAGACUACCCGUUGUUUCAAAUCCUCACGACUCACUUCCUACCUUUACUAGCACCUUCAUCACCUUCACCCCCAUCUUCACCUCCUCGGAUACCCACACCACUGAAUGAUAUCUCGUCAAAACCACAUCAUUGUCUUUUGAUUUCGCAUCAUUUACUUUCGAAUACUAAACGAAAAGACCUGAUAUCACUUUCGUCAGAUUUAUCUUUGAUAGGGUUCUCCAAGACCGGUCAUCCGGGUAUCAUGUACGCGAUAGGCUCGUUACCUGAUUUAGAAGAAUGGAUUAGAGAAGUGAAAUCUUGGAAUUGGUUAGCAUUGAGAGUUAGAGUAGCACCUGAAUUGAUAGAAGAAGAAGAAGGGAGAAUGAAUUAUUCAAGGGGGAAAGAGAACGGUGCUAGACGUGGCAAAGGUAGGGGUGAAUGGAAAGAGUUGGACAAGAUCAACGAAGCUCUGGAUUGGUUGAAAAGUAGAGGGAAAAACAGAGAAUUGAUUUUGGUUGAUUGUGGUGUCGGUGGUAGUAGUUAG